AUGAGAUUUACUAUUCUACUCGUCGUUGCCUUAGCAGCUAUUGCUUUCGCAAAGCCCCAUCCCAGAAAAGAUUCCAGCAGUGAGGAGGAUCGCAAACACAAGGGUCCUCACAGGAAUCACGGUCACCAUCAUCAUCGACGUACACGUCCAACUACUCCGCAGAGCGUCACUGCAUCUGCAAUGCCCGGAGAAAGCUCAGAACUUCCUGCAGUCACUACAUCAGCUGCCGAUAAAGUCGUGACUGAUAUGCCUAACACUAAUCUUCCCGCUGUCACUACAUCUGAUGAGCCAGUAGUGACUGAUGUGGUGACUUCUGAGAUCACUGCUAAGCCAGUACUAAGUACCAAAGAAAGCAUAGUCACACCAGCGGAGCCUGAGCCAAGCACAGAUCUUCCCGAUACUGCUAGUUCACCUGCUGAAGUAGCCAUGAGUGAUGCUGUGACUGUUAGAGUCACCGCAGGGCAAAUUGCAAUCACCAUUGGAGAUUUCAACAUUCCAGUCGAAGGUGUUUUACCUUAG